AUGUCUUUGGUACACUGGUGUGAACAUGUGGUGGAAGACAGAGUGGAGUUGGUUCUGUCCCCACGGCUGCAGCUGGAAGUGGGCUGCUCUGAAGUGUACCAGUACAACACCCAGGGAUGGAGGCUGGAUGUGGACAGGAUGCGCACCGCGCAUGGAGGGGACGACGGAAUCGCUCAAUAUUACAAACAGCAGGGACAGACGGCGUCCUGCUUCCUGUACAAGCCGCCGGAGAUGGAGAGCCAAGCCGUGAAUAAGACAGAGAGGACCUGCUGUGAGGGAUGGGGAGGACCUCACUGCUCUCAGGGUGUUGGGGCGCGUGGUCAGUGCUAUUCCACGUGGAACUGUGAGAAAUUUCCAGGAGUUCAUAACUCCUCGCUCAUGCCGAUGGAGCAAUGCUGCAACACCCUGUGGGGACUGAGCUGGAAGAACGCCUCGGACCAAACCUGUUUGACUUGCACCUACACUCUGCUGCCAGACUCCCAGUCCUCUCCUCUGGUGCGAAGUGGACUGCUGGGUACCGCCAGGGUUCCUCUGGGCUCGGCCACAUGCAUGUCCUGGGGAGGAGCCCACUAUCGCACUUUUGACAGGAAGCACUUCCACUUCCAGGGAAGCUGUACGUACCUGCUGGCCUCGUCUACCGAUGGCACCUGGGCAGUCUACAUCAGUACAAUCUGUGACCAGAGAGGCAACUGUAACAAGGCGUUGAGGAUGAUGCUGGGUCUGGAUUUGGUUUCUAUUCAUCAUAAAAAUGUAACACUGAACAGCCUGCCUAUUCCAAAUGGGGAGCCACUAUUUCAAAACGGAGUGAGCGUCUAUUGGCUUGGGGACUAUGUGUUUGUGGAGAGUGGGGUGGGGGUCAGGGUGAAGUUCGACAUGGUCAACACGGUGUAUGUGACGGUGACCUCUGAGCAGCUGGGAACCACCAGGGGACUCUGUGGAGUCUUUAACAACAACGCUGAUGAUGAUUUCACCACGAUGGCUGGAGUCGUUUCUUCAUAUGCUGCCAGUUUUGGCAACUCGUGGAAAAUUCCCGACCAGCACAACGAGGACUGCAGUGACGCAGCUGAGCUCGGCCACAGCUGUGAUGUCACAGGAGAUCCCGCUCUACGCCUGCAGGCAGAAGCAGUGUGUCGUCAGCUGCUGGAGAAACCGUUCACACACUGCCACAGCCAGGUGGAUCCAGGAGCCUACAUGGACACCUGUCAGUAUCUGUACUGCAGCCUCCCACCCAAAGAGAGGCAGGAUGCAGUGUGUGACACGCUGGCCAGCUACAGCAGGGAGUGUGCUGAACAACACGUCAUCAUAAUGUGGAGGACCGCAGCACUAUGUGGUCGUGUCUGCCCCAGAGGACAGGUCUUUUCAGACUGCGUGUCCUCCUGUCCUCCGAGCUGCUCUUCACUUCGCCCCCCGGGGCCUGCUGCAGCCGUGGGUCAGUGCAGAGAGGAGUGUGUGGGGGGCUGCGAGUGUCCUCCUGAUCGCUACCUUUACCAGGGUCUCUGCUUGAACAGAGAAGACUGUCCCUGUUUCCACCGCAGGCGCAUCUACCAGCCUGGGGACAGGAUACAGAUGAGAUGCAACACCUGUGUGUGCAGGGCAGGUCAGUGGGCGUGUACAGGAGAGAAGUGUGCUGGCCAGUGCACCCUGAUGGGGGCAUUGCAGGUCACCACAUUCGACAAAAAACGGUAUGCACUGCCUGGUGGAGACUGUGCUUUCAUCGUUGUGGAGGACUUUGUGGACAGGAAGUUGGCGGUGGCAGUGCGUUGUGGAGAGUGUGCAGCUGGGGAUGGGGCAGGGGGAGAAGAAACAGGGUGUUUAAAGGAGAUAACAGUGACGGCUCUGCACACAACAGUCACCGUUACACACACUGGCACCGUGACUCUGAAUGGCCAACGGGAGAUGAUGCCUGUGGUGACUGGAGACCUGGUGUUGCGCAAGGCCUCCUCUUCAUUCAUCGUCAUCCAGACCUUUGGAGCCCAACUUCUAUGGUACUUAGAUGGAUCCUUUACCCUCCUCAGCCUACAGCCUGGUUUUGCCAACAAGGUGCGUGGUCUAUGUGGAACUCUGACUUGGAGCCAGCAUGAUGACUUUACCACGCCAGAGGGAGAUGUGGAGAACAAUGUUUUAUCCUUCGCAGAGAAAUUCACAAGUGAGCCCUGCACCCUGCCUGGAGGAACUCCAGCUGAUCCCUGCUCCACAUACACCCAGAGCAGAAUCUACGCCCAAACAGUGUGUGCCGUCAUACAUAGUCCGGUCUUUCAGGUGUGUCAUGACGUAGUGGACAGGGAGCCAUAUUUCCGUCUCUGCCUGUCAGAGGUGUGUGGUUGUGUUCCACAGAGGACAUCAUGUCACUGCACCGUCCUCACUGCCUACGGCCGACACUGCGCUCAGGAGGGCGUCACAGUCCAGUGGCGCAACCAAACACUCUGCCCGGUCCAGUGCACAGGGGGCCAGGCGUACCAGGAGUGCGGUCGUGCCUGCGGUGGCUCCUGCUCAGACCAGCGUCAGGGCUGGAGCUGUGACGAGUUCAGCUCUGAAUCGGGACGCAGCGUGUGUGUUCCAGGUUGUCAGUGUCCAGGGGGACUUGUGCAGGACCAGCAAGGCCAGUGUGUGCCUGUCUCUCUGUGCCCCUGCAUGGAAGGAGACAAGGUGUAUCCAGCAGGCGCUGUGGUCCAGAAAGGCUGCAACACUUGCGUGUGUGAGCAGGGAGUGUUUAACUGCACCCAGGAGCUCUGUGAGGAGGUACAACAGUGCCCCCGCUCUCUGGUCUACUCUCCACGCUCCUGCCUCCUGACCUGCUCUAGUCUGGAGCCUCCUGGCCAUCAGCCUGUGUCCAGCGUCUCACAGUCCAGCUGCAGGGAGCCGCUGUCUGGCUGCGUCUGUCCUCAGGGAACUGUCUCUCUAGAGGAUCGCUGUGUUCCGCCAGAGGAGUGUCCAUGUCACCAUAAUGGUCAACUCUAUUAUGCCAAUGACACCAUCACUAAAGACUGCAACACAUGUGUGUGUAAGGAGCGGCGCUGGCACUGCACCCAGACCGUCUGUGCCGGUGUGUGCGUUGCCACCGGAGAUCCACACUACGUGACGUUUGACGGCCGCUGCUACUCGUUCCUGGGUGACUGCCAGUACGUGCUGGCCCGGGAAAACAGCGGCUUGUUCAGCGUGACGGCAGAGAACGUGCCGUGUGGCAGCACCGGCGUCACCUGCACCAAGUCUGUCACCCUCAGCCUCGGAAACACGAUCAUACACCUGCUGAGAGGUAAAGCAGUGACGGUGAACGGAAUGCCUGUUUCCUUACCAAAGUCCUACAGCGGCAGUGGUCUGGCUCUGGAGAGAGCAGGCAUAUUUGUCGCUCUCUCUUCCCAGCUAGGAAUCACCUUGCUCUGGGAUGGAGGGAUGCGUGUGUAUGUGCGCUUGGCGCCCCACCUGCGGGGUCAGGUGGAAGGGUUGUGUGGGAACUUUGACGGAGACACGGAGAACGACUUCACAACACGGCAAGGAAUCACGGAGUCCACGCCGGAGCUGUUUGGAAAUUCGUGGAAGGUCAGCCCUUCCUGCCCCGACGUGGAAAACCAGGACCUCAGAGAUCCCUGCACUCUGAAUCCCCACAGAGUGACCUGGGCCAGGAAGAGGUGUGCAGUGCUGACUCAGGAGCUGUUUUCACGCUGCCAUGCUGAGGUUUCCUUCCAGCAGUAUUAUGACUGGUGUGUCUUUGAUGCUUGUGGCUGUGACUCCGGUGGGGACUGUGAAUGUCUCUGCACAGCUGUUGCUUCAUAUGCAGAGGAAUGCAACCGGAGAGGAGUCUACCUCCGCUGGAGGUCUCAGGAUCUCUGCCCUCUUCAGUGUGAUAAAGGGCAGCUCUACGAUCCGUGCGGUCCAGCCUGCACUCCGUCCUGCCCCGGUGUCCAGCAGAGUCCACACUCUCAGUGUGGGGUGCUGUCCUGUGUGGAGGGCUGCUUCUGCCCUGCUGGCUCAGUCAGACACGGUGACAGCUGUAUAGAACCCACCCAGUGUCCCUGUGAAUGGGAAGGCUCCAUGUUUCCACCUGGAAGUGCCAUCACCAACCACUGUCAGAACUGUUCCUGUGAAGAGGGCGUGUGGCGCUGUGAGGGCGUGUCUUGCCCUCCUCCCCCGCCUCCUUGCCUGGAGUCAGAGUUUUCCUGUGACAGUGGACGCUGCAUCUCCUCUCAGUGGGUGUGCGACAACGAGGACGACUGUGGAGACGGUUCGGAUGAGGUCUGUCCAUCCACCUGCUCCCCGGAGCAGUUCAGAUGUGCCAGCAGCCCGAGUGGACCAUGUUUGAACCUGGCUCUGCGUUGUGAUGGCCACCCAGACUGUGCUGACCAAUCGGAUGAGGAGUUCUGCGGACCCCCCACCCCGGAGCCUCUGUGUCCUCCCGGAGAGUUUCAGUGUGCCAACGGAAAGUGUCUUCCAGCCAGCCGUGUGUGUGACGGACGCCUGGACUGUGGCUUCGCUGAUGGGUCUGAUGAGCAAGACUGCGGUGUGGUCUGUGAUGAAGGGGAGUUCCUGUGUCCAGAAGGACGCUGCAUCCUCUACAUCCACCGCUGUGACGGCCAUGAUGACUGUGGAGACCUCAGUGAUGAAAGGGGGUGUGUGUGCUCACCAGGAGAGUUUCAGUGUCCCGACGAUCGGUGUGUCCCUGCACACACACUCUGUGAUGGACACAGAGACUGUCCUUCAGGAACAGAUGAAGCUGUCUGCCCAAGGAAAGUUUGUAGGUCCUAUGAGUUGGGUUGUGCCAGCGGGGGGCAGUGUGUGCCUCAGGCGUGGCGUUGUGACGGGGAAACGGACUGCGUGGACGGCAGUGACGAGCAGCAGUGUGCUGCUGCCUGUGGACCGGGCCAGGCGCUCUGCCUCAGUGGGGACCAGUGCGUGGAUUACCAGCAGUUCUGUGACGGAACCCCCCACUGCAGAGACUCAUCUGAUGAGAGCAUCAACACCUGCGAUCAAACCGUUUCAGCAGCGCCCCCUAGCAGUCGAAACGUCUCUGCGCCCUGCUCUGAGUUCACCUGUAUGGAUGGAAGCUGUUUACCAUUUAACAGGGUGUGUAAUGGUGUAGUGGAGUGUCUUGACUCUUCACUAACCCCAUCGGGAGGGCCCACAGAUGAGCACGGAUGUAGGACUUGGGGCUCUUGGGGCCCCUGGAGCUCCUGCAGCGCCUCCUGUGGCUCAGGUACCAUGAGCCGGCGGAGAUCCUGCUCCCCUGGUGAACCACUUCACCGCUGCCUGGGCCAACACACGCAGAAGCAGCAAUGCUUCAACACCACCUGCCCCGUGGACGGUCAGUGGUUGCCAUGGAGCAGCUGGUCCAGCUGUUCCAGUGGUUGCGGUGGGGUUCAGGUGAGGCUCAGAGACUGCAGUCCUCCUCGCUAUGGAGGUCGGCGCUGUUCCCAGCUCCCCGGACCUUCUAACAUCUCCACGGAGAUCAAACCAUGUCCUGAUGAUGGCUGCGCUAACACCAGCUGUCCUCCUGGCCUGGUGAGGCGCCGCUGUGCUCCAUGUCCCUUCUCCUGCGCUCACAUCAGCAGUGGGUCGACCUGUGACCCUGCGACGCCCUGCUUCUCUGGCUGCUGGUGCCCCGAAGGCCAAGUGAUGAGCCACACACAGCAGUGUGUGUCACCCGGAGAGUGUGUGUGUGAGGUGGCCGGUGUUCGCUACUGGCCGGGUCAGCAGAUGAAAGUGGACUGUGAUCUCUGUGUGUGUGAGAAGGGAAGGCCUCAGAGGUGUCGGCCCAACCCAGACUGCUCAGUGCACUGCGGCUGGUCAUCAUGGUCUGAGUGGGGAGAGUGUUUGGGCCCCUGUGGGGUCCAGAGUGUCCAGUGGUCAUUCCGGAGCCCCAAUAAUCCAACCAAGCAUGGGGAUGGGAGAGUGUGCAGAGGGAUUUACAAAAAGGCUCGCCGGUGUCAGACAGAACCAUGUGAUCAGUGUCGCCAUCAGAGUCGAUCCCAUAUAGUUGGAGAAAGAUGGAAGGUGGAGCCCUGUCAGUUAUGCCACUGUCUUCCCAACCUCACUGUGCAGUGCGCCCUCUACUGUCCAUACGCAGUCACUGGGUGCCCUAUGGGUCUAAAGCUCAUCAAUGGAGAGGGGAACAGGUGCUGCUACUGCCAAGGGGAAAAUGGGACAGCAAUGGUAACAGAAACCCCUGGCAUUAUGACAUCCAAACCCAGGGAUGUUACUCCUGUAGUACCUACAUAUCCAUUUCCACCUGGAGAUGAGUGUUGGGUUCCUCUGGGUGUCCAGACCCUCCCAGUGUCUAGUUUCACUGCCUCGUCGCACCAGGAUGGCCACCCACCCGAAGCAGCACGUCUUCAUGGGUGGGACCCCCGUAGAGAUCUCCAGGGCUGGAGUCCAGAGCCAGAGGAGUAUAAAGACCUGCCACAAAAGAGACGCGAAGGACAGAGUGUCAACACCCAAAGCCCCUACAUACAGAUCGACUUACUCAAACCAUACAACAUCACUGGUGUGCUGACCCAGGGAGGUGGGGUGUUCGGCACCUUCGUGUCCAGCUUCUAUCUCGAGUUCAGCCAUGAUGGAAAACGUUGGUACACUUACAAGGAGCUUCCUUCUGAUGCGCCACCUAGAGCCAAGGUUUUUCUGGGUAACCAUGAUGAUCGAGGCGUGAUGGAGAGUAGACUGGAAAGGAUAGUGUCGGCUCGGUUUGUUCGACUGUUCCCUCAUGACUUCCAGAACAGCAUCUACCUUCGGCUGGAGAUCAUGGGCUGUGGUGAUGGUUACCCCAGGUUAACUUUCCCAACCCCUCCUUCACCGGUCACUCUGGGUGAAGGCUGCAGAGAGAGAGAAUUCCAGUGUGACAACGGUCGCUGUGUGCCGGCCGGCUCUCUGGGAGUUGUCUGUGACGGAGUCAAUGACUGUGGGGACGGAUCAGAUGAGAAGUACUGCGGCACCCAACCUUCCUCCACAACCACCACUCCACGCAGCUGUCCCAUUGGUCACUUCUCUUGCCCACCACCAGGGGGUUGCAUUGAGGCAGACAGGCGUUGUGAUGGUAUCCCUGACUGUCCUAAAGGAGAAGAUGAAAAUGGAUGCCACCGACAUGACAUCACUACACAGUCAGACAGGCCACACACACCCACCCCUUCUCCUCUGAAGACCCCAUCAAUGGCUGCUGUUUCUCUCUCUACUGCAACACCGACAGACGGCGGUCCAGGAUACCACAGCCUUUGCUCCUCUGCUCUUGGACUGGAGGAUGGCAGGAUUCACUACGGCCAGCUGUCCUCAUCCUCACAGCGUGAGAACAACCCCGCUGACGCCGGGAGACUAAACAUCGUCCCCAACAUUCCAGUUAUGGAGCCUGGCUGGAGCCCCCUACCUGGGGACCCCCAGCCAUAUUUUCAGGUGGAUUUCCUGGAGCCCACUUGGGUGUCAGGAGUGGUGACACAGGGAAAUGAGCGCAUGUGGGGUUACCUCACCAAAUAUCGCCUGGCCUUUGCCCCCCAGAGCGCCCUCUUCUCAGAUUUCACAGCAAAUGGAAAGUUUGACGGCCCUGCCAAGGUGUUUGAGGUUCGGAUGGUGGGCAGGACCCCCGUGACCCGCUGGUUGGGUCGGUUGGUAAGAGCUCGGUACAUCAGAAUCAUCCCUGUGGAGUUCAGGCAAACAUUCUACCUUCGUGUGGAGAUUCUUGGCUGCAGAGGAGAUGAGUAUGUGACCACAUCGCCCUCUGCGGUUGGCACAGUGACAGUGCAGCGCUGCAAGCCAGGCCAGUUUCUAUGCCACCGCAGUGAGGAGUGCAUCCCUGUGUCUUUGCUUUGUGACGGUCAGCCAAACUGUAAGGACUACUCUGAUGAGACAAACUGUGGAACUGCUCCCACCAGAGGCUUUCCAGGCCUCCGCAAUCAGACCACCUACACUGGAAGACCUGGUAUCCAUGGUGACAACACAACAGGCGGCCCUGGGCUACACACUACCAAGUCUGAAGAAGGCCUUCCUGGUGUGGCAUCACCUGCAGUCACUCCCAGAUCUCAGCCACCGAGUUCAGGAGUCACAACAGGCCAACCUGGACUCCAUCUUACUUCCUCAGUGCAGCCUGGCAGACCCGGUCUUCAAACCACAGAAGCGCCAUCAGUCAUCACAAGCACACCAGAUACCGGUUUGCCCAGAGUGCUUUGCAUGGAGGGCCAGUUCACAUGCUGGUCAUUUGGCUGUGUGGACUCUGCACGAGUGUGUGACGGAAGGAAGGAUUGCUUAGAUGGUUCAGAUGAAGAACGUUGUGGCACAACCACCAGCCCAGCAGUAACUCCAUGGCGCCCCCUGGUGCCCAGACCCUGCUCUCCAAAGCAGUUCUCUUGUGACACCGGCGAGUGUGUUCACAAGGAUCGCAGGUGUGACCUGCAGAGGGACUGUAUCGAUGGAUCGGAUGAAAAAGACUGUGUGGACUGCAUAAUGUCCCCAUGGACAGCCUGGAGUGGCUGCAGUGUAACGUGUGGUCUCGGCUCCUUGUUUCGGCAGAGGGACAUUCUAAGAGACGCCCUGCCUGGAGGAUCCUGUGGUGGAGCUCAGUUUGACAGUCGAGCCUGCUUUCCUCGAGCAUGUCCAGUUCAUGGUCACUGGUCGGCAUGGACAGAGUGGUCAGAGUGUGAUGCUCUGUGUGGAGGAGGAGUUAGACAGAGGAGCAGAACCUGCUCAGCUCCUCCUCCUAAAAAUGGAGGGCGGGAAUGUGAGGGCAUGACCCGACAGAGCCAGACCUGCAACAUCCAGCCCUGCACCAACGAGACAGGCACACAGACAGGCUGCGUCAGCGGCAUGGUGCUGGUGAAAGAGGAAGAUUGCCAUCCUGGACGGGUUGAUCCCUGUCCUCCUACCUGCUCAGAUCUGAGCAUGACCAGCAACUGCUCUGCAACAUGUAUCAUCGGCUGCCGCUGUCCCUAUGGGCUGUACCUUCAGGACGGCCGAUGUGUGAACUCCAGCCAGUGCGUCUGUCACUGGGAUGACGAAACCCUGCAGCCUGGCCAGGUGAUCAGCAGAGAUCAGUGCACCACGUGCAUGUGCCGAGAAGGGCAGGUCACCUGUGACACUUCUAGAUGUCUGGAGACCUGUCAGUGGUCCGCCUGGUCUGCAUGGUCUCCAUGUGAUGUGACGUGUGGUGUGGGGUUGCAGCAACGCUACAGGUCUGUGCUGACAGCAGCUGGACCAAUCAGAGCACAGCCCUGUUCGGGAGACGCCUCUGAGUCCCGACGCUGUUCCAUCCCAUGUCUCCCUGUACUACCAGGUGGCACAUGGAGUAAAUGGACCAGCUGGUCAGAGUGCACUAAGACAUGUUUCAGUGACGUGGAUGAUGUGGGAAUCAGACGCCGAUUUCGCAGCUGCAGCCAAACACUCUCAGCUUUCAACCGCACACACACACGACCUGUGUGUGAUGGAGACGAUGAGGAGCAUGAGCCCUGCAACACUGAGCACUGUCCAGUGCAUGGAGGCUGGUCGCUCUGGUCCCACUGGUCUCCGUGUUCGUCUGAUUGUGACUCUGGCGUCCAGACGAGGGAAAGGCUCUGCAGUUCACCGUCGCCACAGCACGGGGGCAGUAACUGCUCUGGGCCUCACAUACAAACAAAAGACUGUAACUCCCAUCCCUGUUCAGGUGUGUGUCCAGAGGGCAUGACGUACAUGACAGAAGCGGAGUGUGAGGCUCAGGGCGGGGCAUGUCCAAGGGUGUGCAUGGACAUGACCUCAGCAGAAGUUCAGUGCGCCACCUCCUGUUUCCACGGCUGCUACUGCGCCCCGGGGUUCUACCUGUUCAACAGCAGCUGUGUUCCUCUGGCGCAGUGCCCCUGUUACCACCAGGGGGAGAUGCACCCAGCGGGAGCCACCCUGCCUGCUGAUGCCUGUAACAACUGCACCUGCACAGAUGGAGAAAUGGAGUGUGGGACAACUCCAUGCCCAGUGGACUGUGGUUGGAGCAGCUGGACGCAGUGGAGCGCAUGCACUCGGACGUGCGAUGUGGGUAUCAGACGGCGGUACCGCUCAGGAACCGAUCCUCCUCCAGCCUUUGGAGGUCGUCCCUGCAAAGGAGAGCGAGUCGGAGUCGAUACCUGCAGCGUCGAGCCCUGCCUGGGUAUCAGAGAACCGUGGAGCUCGUGGUCGGAGUGCUCUGUGACGUGCGGAGGAGGUUACCGGACCCGGACCCGCGGGCCAAUCAGGACCCACGGCACAGCCCAGCAGUUCAGCGCCUGUAACCUGCAGUCGUGUGGUGGGGGCAGGACUUGUCCUGCAGGCCAGCAGUGGACACAGUGUGUGGUGGGACCUGUGACCUGUACUGACCUCACUCUGAACCUGAGCAGGAACUGCACUCCAGGCUGCCAGUGUCCACAUGGGGCUGUCCUGCAGGACGGUAAGUGUGUGCUUCAGUCAGACUGUCCCUGUGAUGCCGAUAGAGAGCCAUACAAACCUGGAGACACUGUGCCCAACAAAUGCAAGAACUGUACCUGUGAAAGAGGAAGACUCGUAAACUGCUCUCGGGUCAGCUGCAAUGUGGACGGCCAGUGGUCAUCAUGGACUCCCUGGAGUCGGUGCUCAGUGUCGUGUGGAGCGGGUCUCCAGUCUCGGUACCGGUUCUGCUCCAGUCCACAACGGUCAGGCAGUGGACUCCCGUGUCUUGGUCCUCACCGCGAGGAUCAAGUCUGCAUCGUCCCCCCGUGUGACCUUGACGGGGCUUGGAGUCGGUGGAGUGACUGGACGGACUGUUCCAAGUCGUGCGGUGGAGGCAUCCAGAGCCGGAGGAGACUCUGUGACUCCCCCAGUCCUGAGGGGGCUGGGAACUACUGCGAGGGGCUAGGAACAGAAGUCAGAGCCUGUAACACCGACCACUGUCCAGUGCUGCCUUGCUCCAAGGUCCCAGGAACGGUUUUCAGCAGCUGUGGGCCGUCCUGCCCUCGAUCCUGUGACGACCUGUCACACUGUGAGUGGCACUGUGAGCCGGGGUGCUACUGCACCGAGGGGAAGGUCCUCUCAGCCAAUGGGACGGUCUGCGUAGCGAGGAACAGCUGUCCCUGCUUGGACAUAAACACUGGGCGUCGUGUGGAGCCAGAAGAGUCCACUGAGGCCACUGAUGGCUGCAACAACUGCACAUGUCAGGGUGGCAAGUUCAACUGCACCAGAGAGCUGUGUCCAGUGUCGGGCAGGUGGUGUGAGUGGUCAGAGUGGACUCCCUGCUCCAGAACCUGUGGGGCGGAGUCGGUGUCCCGUUACAGGAGCUGCAGCUGUCCUGAGCCUAAAGCUGGGGGAGACCCCUGUCCUGGACAACAGGAAACGCACAACAGGAUCGGAGCGCAAAUACAGAGACGGCCCUGCCCUGUCGUCACGUUCUGCCCAAUUCACGGUUCCUGGAGUUCCUGGUCUGCCUGGUCAGAAUGUGAUGAGUGCACUGGCUCGUCCAUUCGUACCAGACAGUGUAACAGUCCCCCUGCCAGGUUUGGUGGCCUCCCCUGUCUGGGCGAGAGCCGGCAGAGCCGCAGAUGUCACGACAACGCCACUGUCUGCUCAGACUGUGGUGGUGGUCAGGAGGAAUGGCCGUGUGGGAAGCCUUGCGCUCGCUCCUGUUCAGAUCUCCACGAUGACACGGACUGCUUGGACUCCCCCCGGUGCAUGCGGACCUGCGGUUGUCCAGGCGACAUGCUGCUGCAGGACGAAGUGUGCGUGGCCAGACAGGAGUGCCGCUGCAAAUACCACAAUGGCUCAGCUGCCGAUGGUUUGGGUUUCAGGAAUGCGUCAUGGGUGUGGCCUGGUGGAUAUGACUGGCAGUUUGCAAAUCCAGGGGAUAUCAUCAUCAGUGACUGUAAAAACUGCUCGUGUGAGGGUGGCGUUUUGCAGUGCCAGUCUGUCCCUGGUUGCCAUGUGGAUGGGGGCUGGGGCCAAUGGGGAGCCUGGACCGAGUGCUCCCUUCCUUGUGGCGGAGGCGUGACGUUCAGGAGGCGUCUCUGCGACAACCCGGCCCCUCAGGCCGGCGGCAGAGGCUGCCUGGGUGCAGCGGAGCAGAAGAAGGACUGCAACAUCCAAAUGUGCACAGACUCGGUGGGCCCUUGGCUGCUCUGGUCUCAGUGGUCUUCUUGCUCGGUGAGCUGUGGCGGAGGGCAGCAGUCCCGUUCUCGUACCUGCACCUCUCCACCUUGCCAUGGCGUCAGUCGCCAAAGCAAAAUGUGCAACACACAAGUCUGCCUCGAUGUGGGCUGCCCCCCCGGUAAGCUGUACAGGGAGUGUGAGCGUGGAGAGGGCUGUCCCUUCAGCUGCGCUCAGGUCAGUGGCAGAGAGGGCUGCUACUCUGACAGCUGUGAGGAAGGCUGUCACUGCCCCCCGCACACCUACCAGCACCGUAGAACGUGUACACCGGAGUGUCCUUGUCUGGUGGAUGGAGAGUUCCUGGCCCACCUGCAGAGCGUGUCUGUCACACCCGUAUCAUCUCUGCUCUCCAACAACGUCUCAGAAGGGAUGGAGCUCAUGUCUGGAGAUGCACUGAUGCAUGACUGCAGCACCUGCGGCUGUGAGCAUGGCAGGUGGAACUGUUCCCUGGAGCUCUGCCCCAUCGACGGCGGGUUGUCACCCUGGGGCCCCUGGAGCCCCUGCUCGCUUUCCUGUGGAGGUCUGGGAGUGAAGACUCGGUCCAGGACCUGCACAAAGCCGGCCCCAGCCCACGGUGGGAGAGACUGUCAGGGGCCCCGCCAGGAGACCACCUAUUGCCAGGCCCCUGACUGUCCAGCUCCUGUUGUUCCAACAGUGGAACCAACUAUUCCAGAGGAGGAUUCUGGCUUCUCUUCAUGGUCGCUGUGGAGCUCCUGCACCAAAACCUGCACCGACGUCCAGACCCCUGCUGUAAAGUCUCGUCAUCGACUGUGUGCCAAACCUCUCUGCUCUGGAAGCGCUCACCAGGAGAAGGCGUGCAACCUGCCCCAGUGUCCAGGUGAGGUGUGUGUAGGAGCCACCUGCCCUCCAAGAAACUGCUCCUGGAUGGAGUGGGGGUCGUGGGGGUCCUGCUCUCGGUCCUGUGGGGUGGGUCACCAGCAGAGGAUCCGAACCUUCCUCCAGCCUGCUGGUAACGGUUCCUGGUGUGAGGACAUUGUUGGAGGGAACCUGGAGCAUCGCUUCUGUAACAUUCGGCCCUGCAGAGUGGACGGAGGCUGGUCCAGGUGGAGUCCCUGGUCCCGCUGUGACCAGCGCUGCGGCGGUGGUCGGUCCAUCCGCACCCGCUCCUGCUCCAGCCCCCCGCCCAAGAACGGGGGAAAGAAGUGCGUGGGGGAGAAGAACCAGGUCAAGCCGUGCAACACCAAACCUUGUGAUGAUGGAGGCUGUUCGACGGGCCAGGAGUUUGUGUCGUGUGCCAACCAGUGUCCUCAGCGCUGCUCAGAUCUCCAGCAGGGCAUCGAGUGCCAGGGCAACGCCGAAUGUCAGCCCGGCUGCCGCUGCCCUCAAGGUCGGUUGCAGCAGGACGGUGUGUGUGUGGAGCUGUGGCAGUGCGACUGCGUGGACUCGCUGGGCGACGUGUGGGCGGCCGGCAGCUUGCACCGGGUGAACUGCAACAACUGCAGCUGCUCCGACGGCCGGCUGCUCUGCACCAAUCACAGCUGCCUGCCUGCCUGCGCGUGGAGCUCGUGGUCCAGCUGGGCAGCCUGCAGCACUUCCUGUGGGCGGGGCCUGAGAACCAGAUACAGAUCCCGGGUCCCGGAGACCGAAGGAGCAGACUGCAACUUUGAGGAAGUUCAGCACAAACCGUGCAACCCUGGACCCUGCCCCCCUCUCUGCCUUCAUGGUGAAGAGGAACUGAGAGUGGGAGACACCUGGCUGCAGGGAGAGUGUCAGCAAUGCAUUUGUACCCCAGAGGGAAUCUACUGCCAAGACAUCGACUGCAGAGUUGACGGUGCCUGGACGCCCUGGUCAGUGUGGUCUGACUGCUCAGCGACCUGCAGCCAGGGGACGCGGGUCAGAACCCGAGCCUGCAUCAACCCCCCGCCACGAAACAACGGCUCUCACUGCAGCGGAGCGGCCAGAGAAACGCAGCACUGCCAGACGCCGCCGUGUCUGGAUGACCUUUGCCCAUGGUCGCCAUGGUCACCGUGCUCCCGGAGCUGCGGCGCCGGGUCUGUGUCGCGACGCAGGGCGUGUGUGUGUGAGGAGGGAGGGGACGCGGCGUGCCCCCCUGAGGCCGAGGCAGUGAGGAACAGAGAGGAGACCCAGCUGUGUUACCAGCGACCGUGUCCCGAAUGUCCCAUGUCCGCGUGGAGCGUUUGGUCUCACUGCUCGUGCGAGUCUCAGAGGCAGCAGCGAUAUCGCGUAGCGCUCACCUCGGCCACCGGGGGGCAGCAGUGCACUCCUGUAGAAACCCAGAGCCAGGCGUGCAGCCUCAGUCAGUGUGACGGCUGCGAAGCCCCGUUUGUUUACUCGGCAUGCGGAGCGCCUUGUGAGAAGCAGUGUGCUCUGAUGGGCAGAGAAGAUCUUUGUCUGGGGGUCAGGGAGUGCACACCUGGCUGCUACUGCGCUCAGGGCCUCCUGCAGCAGAACGGCAGCUGUGUUCCUCUGCAGCAGUGUGGCUGCAUGUACCUGUGGCCCCAGGCUUCAGAGGAACCUCCCACACCCACCAUCGUCCCUCAGGGGGCCACGGUCACUAUAGACUGCAGCACCUGCCUGUGCCAUGAUGGAACUUUACAUUGUGACAUGAGAGAGUGUGAAGUGAUCCUCAGUGAGUGGUCCCAGUGGACCCCCUGCUCUCCCUGCGCGCCCCUGGCCUCUCAGCAGCUCGCUCCGUCCCUGGAGGCGCUCGUCAAUGGCACCAACCUGGCGUCCGUCCAGAGACGUUUCCGGGCCUGCCUGGACAUCGAUUCGGGUCUCCCUGUCAAGAGAGAGGAGGAGAGCCGAUGUCCGGGGCCGCUGGUGGAGGACAGGCUCUGUCCAGAUGCAGCCGUCUGCAGAGAUCUGUGCCACUGGAGUGUGUGGAGUGUUUGGACAGCGUGCGCACAACCGUGCAGCGGCGGAGUCAGGCAGCGCUACAGGCGACCCCUGGCCUCCCCGGCGGGGCCCCGCUGCAGGAGCCGGCAGACGCAGAGCCAGAGCUGCAACACUGGACUCUGUCCAGGUGAGCGCUGUGAGGACAGGCAGCGGAUCUACCAGGACAGCUGUGCUAAUCGGUGUCCUCGCAGCUGUGCAGACUUGUGGGAGCAUGUGCAGUGUCUGCAAGGAAGCUGUCACUCAGGCUGUCGAUGUCCUGAUGGCCAGUUGCUGCAGGACGGCCGCUGCGUCCCGGUGAGCCAGUGUCGCUGUGGAAUCCCAUCAGGCAAUGGGACUGCGGAGUUCAGCCCUAAAGAGGAGCUUGUCAUUGAAUGUAACACUUGUGUGUGUGAGAACGGCACUCUGGUGUGCACCACGAUUCCCUGUCCAGUUUAUGAACCUUGGGGCCCGUGGAGCUCCUGCUCGGUGUCCUGUGGACCCGGACAAAGAACCAGGACACGGAGCUGCCAGGACACACAGGACGGUCCCCCAUGUGCUGCCACCACCCAGACUGAGAGCUGCAAUCUGCCAUCCUGUCCAGAAGGUUGUUUGUUAAGCAAGUGGUCAUCCUGGAGCGAAUGCAGCAGCACGUGUGGCGGAGGGGUGUCAACGCGGAACAAGACGAUCCUUCAAGAAGCAGAGCCUGGUGGGGCGGCGUGUGUUGGACCACUCAAACAGCAGACUGUCUGUAACACCAACAGCUGCUUACCUGAGUGUCCCACCAGGCAGGUUUACAGCAACUGUUCAGCUUCUUGUCCUUUCACAUGUGAGGACCUGUGGCCACACACCCAGUGUUUACCUGUACCCUGUACCUCCGGCUGUUCUUGUCCUCCUGGACAGGUGUUGUAUGAGGGCUCCUGUGUUCCUCACGCAGACUGUCCCUGUUCGUCACUCUCUUUGCCACCUGAAUACCAAAGCUGGAACACGAGCGGCGAGGGCUUUACGGAGGUUCUGCUGCAGCCUGGAACAGUUAUUCAGCACCGCUGCAACACAUGCGUUUGUCGAAGCGGAGCGUUCAACUGCACCUCAGAAAGCUGCGACGUGGCCUGCCAGUGGUCCAGCUGGUCGCCAUGGAGUCCGUGCUCGGCCAGCUGUGGUACCGGCCAGCAAAGCUCCACCAGACGGGUUCUGCAGCCCAGCCUGUACGGCGGAGCCCCGUGUGAUGGACUGAACAUCAGGAGUGCGGCCUGCGUAGCUCCUGACUGUGCGUGUCCCAACGGGGAGCGGUGGAGGCGGAGCCACCCGGAGGAGGAGGAAGCCCCACUGUGUGAGAGGAGCUGCAGAGACAUUUACUCCGCACCCCCUGCCAGCUGCAGCCGCUCGGCCGGGGGCUGCGUGUGUCUGGAGGGGCUGUACCGAAACCCGGCGGGCGCCUGCGUCAUCCCCGCCCUCUGCCCCUGCCACGACCAGGGCGUCCUGCGAGAGGCGGGAUCAGAGUGGGAAGACGGCUGUCUUUCAUGCAGCUGUGUGAACGGGAGGACGCUGUGUCAGGCGAGGUGUCCUCCACUUUCCUGCGAAGAGGGGGAAGUGAAAGUGGAGGAACCAGGCAACUGCUGUCCAGUCUGCAGAAAACAGUUCCCAGGUGAGCCUGGGGCGGAGUGCAGGCGCUACGUCGAGGUUCGGAACAUCACCAAGGGAAACUGUUGGCUUGACAACGUGGAGGUCAGCUUCUGCAGGGGACGCUGUCUGUCCUGGACUGAUGUCAUCAUGGAGGAGCCCCACCUCCGCUCAGAGUGCGAGUGCUGCAGCUACAAGCUGGACCUGGUGGAACCGGUCCGCUUCCUCAACCUGCAGUGUGCGAGCGGAGAAAGUGAGCAGGUCUUCCUACCAGUCAUUACCAGCUGCGAGUGCACCAGCUGCCAUGGAGGCGACGUAUCCAGACGCUGAGCUGAGUUUGUGGCUCAAGUGUGUGCGCGUGUGUGGAUGAGUGUGUGUCAGGUAGAGUGGGAACAGUCUGAACCCCAUGCCGAGCGAAGCAGCAUUCUGACAGCCAGCUCUGUGAUAAAUGGAUGUUUCCAGGAUGAGCAGAUGGAUGGACAGACGAGUGAAAGCGGUUCUUGAAGGACACACUGCGCCACGUAGUUUCAGUCGUAGUUUCAAGUUCUUGCUUUGCAGCUUCUUCUGCCUGUACAGUCUCUUUCUACUGUGUGUUUAUAGUUUGAUCCAAGUAUGACCUGUUUACACAUUAAGAGAUGUUUCAUGAGUGCCUUAUGUCUGCCUUCAGUCUUCUUGUUUCCAACUGUUGAGCUUAUCAAUAAAAAAAUUUUAUUCUGGAAGUUA